CAGAAAGUUUAAGAGUGCUUUACAGUGGAGAGUUAUUUCUUUUUGCCUCAGGUUUUCCACACUGAAAGGAUGUUACGAGUUUUGCUGCUUGCCUUCUCUGUGGUUGCCGUUGCUCAUGCUGAGCUCUGCAAGCCAGAUGCACAGAAUGCUUUCAAAGUACGGCUUAGUAUCAAAGCAGCUUUGGGAGAUAAUGCAUAUGCCUGGGAUGCAAAUGAGGAGUACCUCUUCAAAGCAAUGGUGGCUUUUGCAAUGAGAAGAUAUUCCAGCAAGAGCACAACUCAAAUUUCCAAUGUGCUGCUCUGCAAUGUGACAGAUCGGGUGUCAUUUUGGUUUGUGGUCACAGAUUCUACCAAAAACGUGACAACUGUUCCUGGAAGUGAGGUAGAGGCAGCCAUCAGGAUGAACAGGAACCGAAUCAACAGUGCCUUCCUACUGAAUGACAAAACACUGCAGUUCCUGGAGAUAUCCUCAACCUUAUCACCACCUGUUGAAUCCUCCACCCCUGUCUGGCUUACCGUAUUUGGUGUUGUUCUUUGUCUCACUGUGGCUGGAAUUGUUUUCCUCAUUGUUUCAGGGAUUCAGCGGCACAAGAAAAAGAGUAAAGAGUCAUCAGAGACAGAAAAUUUAGAAGAAAAAUGCGAAGUGACAGUAACAAUAGAAAAUGGGAUUCCUUGCGAAACACUGGAUUCAAAAGCAGGCCACGUUAAUGGAGUCUAUGCAGCAGAUGAUGAACGGUUCACAUCCUUAUGAAAUGCUGCCAUUCCUAGCUGGUGUGUUUUUGAAAGACUCCUACGCCUACUUUAUCUCAUCAAUACUCCUGAACGUCAAACAUGAAGACAAGAAAAAAUGUCCUUUCACUUAAUUUCCCUUGAGAGAAGCUUUUGCUGAUAACACACACGCUUGAACCUCCAUUACAAAGCUUUUGUUCAUGAGCAAAGCAAAUGAGAAGACCUCGAAUGAUAUCCAUUACAGAUUUCCAAAAGAUGUGUGGUAGAACAGGGUUGAAACCUGCCUUGUGUCAGGCAUUUAAUUUUUAAUGAUUAUUUAAAUAUGCCUAUUGUUUUUUUUCCUUCUGUAAAUGUGAAACUGCAUUAUUCCUGAAUGUCACAGAAGAGCUCAUCUAUCAUCGUCAAUUCUUGCUGGGCUUUCUUUUAAGCCAUAUGCAGAAGUUUCUCUGUAAACUGAUUUCUGUGUGCUGAUCAGCCAUGUGCCUUUGGCUGUAACAGAGAUCAGUGCAUAAAAGUUUUAACUUAUGAAGAAAAAAAGUCAAGCUUUCUAGCCUCUGUAAGAGCAGGUUAAAAACUAUCAGUCUGGACCAUCUAUAGCUUUUGAA